CGGCGGGAAUGUUUAUGCAUGUUUUCAACUUAAAAGGGGGUGCUGCGUGCCGGGAAAGGCUGAAACCUCAAGAUGUGGAACUCUGCCACCACAUUGUCUGCCGCUGGCUGCCGUCUUGGAAAACUUGUGUAAUCAUGCCUUAAUAUCCUUCCUGGGCUGCCCGGCCUCUGAAUGGAAGGGAACUUCCUACCGAGCGCUCCUUGAUGCAGGGGCUUCCACCGGACCGCACCUCGCCUGAUUUGACACGAUGGAGCUAACGGGCUUUGUCAUCCUGUGCGUUCUGAUGCACGCGCCGCAGCAUGCGAUGUCACAGGAGAACGUCACCUUUCCAGAGGAACCGGACCGUGGAGUCCUGGACCCCGACCUGAUGGACGUGAAGCCCCCCCUGGUGGUCUCCGCCCCCCUGGUGAGCGAGCCGGUCGACCUCUCCACCCCCAGCGAGGCCACCAACCUGCGCUGGGUCACGGCCUACCAGCAGACCAAAGGCAACGCCGGCAACGCACUACCGCCCGACGUGGUGUGCGUGCACAACAACUACACGUCGCGGCAGGAGUGCGUGUGUCGGCCGCGUGGCGUGUGCGCGCUGGGCUUCAUGACGCCGGCCAGGGGCUUCUACUGCUACUACUCGCUCCGCGGCCACCAGCUGCUCACCGCGGACUUCCAGCUGCUGCAGAACAGGCGCAACUUCGAGCGGCUGGAGUGGCGGGCGGCAGAGAACGGCAGCGUGCCGGAGCACGGGAUCAAGCAUUGCCGGCACAACUACGUGGGCCGGAACCGGUACGGGCUCGGCAACGUGCACGCAGAGAUGGGCGUCCUGUACCUGCCCUGGGAGGGCCGCGAGUACUGGUACCGGGACUACGAGGUGCUGACGGUGAACCGCGACAAGUACCACCUGCAGGUGUUCAAGAUGUCCUAUGACACCAAGAAGAUGAACGUGAGCACCUUACCUGAGGUGGAGCUGAUGGAGUCCAAGUGCAUGCCCAACCUCAACAGGACCAGCGAGCUCAUCACCGAGGUCUACAUGCAGACCAAACAUGAGAAGCUGAACCAAUGGGAGCCCACCCUCAUCAUGCCGCACAUGCUCAGUAUAAACUUCUCCGUCAAAGUUCCGGAAGUGGUGCUGGGUAAGGAUGUGUCCGCGAGCCCCAACACGCCAUCAGACCUGACAGAGUGGAGCGGGCUGAAGCUGCGGCAGAACGUCUCCCUGACGACGCACCACAGCGCGGCCAUCACGCCAGGACACUGUUGCCGGGUGACCAUGCUGGGACGCAAGAUGGAAGUGGCCAUGCCCUUCUGGGCACAGGUGAGGAAGGUGUACCUGAGCGGUGCCACGCACGCCGCCUCCAUCGUGGGCACCUACCGGAGCACGGAGAUGGGGGGCAUCAAGGGGGAGCCGGGCCGCUGUGACCCACUGGAAGAGGAGAAGAAGGAGGAGGAGAAGAAGGAGGUGCCGGCGGAACGCACCAAGCCCCUUGAGGCCACCAAGCCUCCACAGAAUCCGGGCGGAGGAACCAGUGCUGUGUUUCCUGGGCUGAGCUUCUAUGCCAGCCUGGCACUAUGUCUGGCAGUGGUUGGUGUUGUUGUGUAAUAAUGGGUUUGGUGGGGGGCUGGAUGGUGGCGGGGAUUAGUUUGUAUAGUAUUAUUGAGCUUCCACUGAUGCGUCUUGUACAGAGUACAUUUUGAAGUGUUAAUUCAAUGCUCAGAGUAAGACCCCAUACACAAUAUAGAGAGUGUUAAUUAUGACUAUUAAUUUAACAAUAAGAUAGUUUGACACUCUGUCGUCUAUAGAGUAUAUAUGGAGAAUACUGUAUAUACUGAAUGCAUGGACGGAUUACUGCACGCGCCUACCGGGCCCGGUCCCAGGGGCCCAAGAGCCAAGGGGGCCCUGAAGCACCUCUGUAUUUUCAUUCGAAUAAUGCAUUAGAGUCUCUAAAACAUUCAACAUGUUUUUGUAAACUAGCAACACCCAUUGAGGGGGGCCUUUCUUGUUGUCUGGCCCAGGGGCCCGUGGUCAUAAUCCGUCCCUGACUGUAUGGAGUAUUAUUGUCUAUGGUCCUACUCUGUAUGAGUUGAAUUAACACUGCAGCAAUUUACUGUGUACCUCUAAAUGUCUUCCACUAAGCUAAGCAUUCUGGGGCUCUGUAUGUUGAUGGGUGUUGCUUUGCUUGGCAAAUGGUUUUGCUUUUGCAUUGCUGUGGGUGGGACUGGUGGACAUGGGCUGAAUGAGAAUUUCUAAGCAGUAAAAAAAUCAAAAGUUGAUUCAACACUAUUUUGAGAAUUAUAUGGUGCCCUUUGGUUGUAGUGUUGUAUUCAACUCAUUCAGUGUUGAAUUGACAUUGUGACUCCAUGUAUGCAGUGUUAAAUUCAACUUCAAUCUCAAAGAGACUCAGAGAUAUGAAAUAAUAUUUAAUCAAUUGGGACCAUAUCAUCUCAGAACAGUACUAAAUGAGCUCUGCAUUCUGCUUUCACUGUUACACUCUGUUUUGCCCCAUGCCUCAAUUAUUUCAGCUUGCUAAUUUCAGCCUAACACACUCAAUUACAGAUGCACACACAGUUUAAUUUCUCUCUCUCUAUCUCUCUCUUUCUCUCUUACACACACACACACACACACACACACACACACACACACACACACACACACACACACACACACACACACACACACACACACACACACACCUGCACAGUCACACACAUACGUAUGUAGAAAUUGCACUUGUAGAAUUGCUGAUAUGGCACACAGUGUCAAUAUUUAAAUAGAGGUUUUACUGUUUUAUCUCUUGUUACUGUAAGUGUCAAUGCUGGAGCUAAAGACACUUUUGUUUACCUGCUGAGUGCACACAUUUAUUGUUUGCUCUUUUUUACACAGAGAUGAGGAACUAUUGUACAUAAUGUAAUGUAUUGUUUGCAUGGUUUUGCUGCUGCCUAGGCUUUCUUUUAUAUAUUUUUUACACUUUGUUUUGCACAAAGAAAAGGACGUCGUAAAUAUUGAUGUUUUUUUUAAUGUCAAGACUUUACUGUCUAGAGAUUAGAGACUUCCUGAUUCCUCUUCAUCGUCUUCUACUCUUCCUCUCUGUUAUGGCGUUUACAUCCUGUCACUUUAACCCUCUGGUUGUGUUACGGUCAAAAAUGACCGUUUUGAAACUUCAUUCUUAAAUAACUUCUCUAUUUUUCAUCAUACAGAAAUGGCACUUCAUGAUAUCCUCCAGCUAACCUAUUCAAAUGGUCAACAUGAAAUAUAAUGAAAUUCCUAAAGAAUUGUGGAAGAUACACCAACUUGUUACAUUCAUGGUGUUUCGGUCAAAAAUGACCGGAUCAUUAAUUUACAUCUCCCAAAGUUAUAUACAGUUAUAUUACAUUAACUUUACUCUCAUAUUCUUUUUUGUUAGGCUUUUCAGAAUACAACCAUAUGUGCCACAUUAGUAUAGAUGUUUACAGUUAGUUGAAAUACUUGAAAAAUAACAUUUAAAUCACAUUGGAAAUGUUUCAAAAGGAUGUCUAAAAGGUAUUAAUCACAAAAUAUGCGAAUCAGAUUUUUAAUCAAUGUAUUAUUACCUUUUUUUGUGUAGGCGGUCAAUUUUGACCGUUAACACCAUGAACGUAACCCAGUUUCUAACACAACCAGAGGGAUAAAAAAUAUACUUAAGGUUUGAUGUUCCUCGAAGAACCCUGUGGGGGGAACUCCUACAAGUUCUCUGGUGAACCUUUAGGUGUAUAGAGGAACUCCAAGGUUUUCUGAGAGAUUCCUCAAAAGACAACAUUUUAAAGUGCAGUGUCCCUCUCUCAGUCUCUGACCAAUCUCCACUACUGCGCCUUCAGUUUCUUUCAUUUGUUUAUACUCAUUUUCUGGUGAUUGUCACACAAUUCUGAAAACCUCUCACCUCUCACUCCAUUUGCCAAACCCAUGAACCAAUGCCACUGAACGUCAAACACAAUUCCUUCUUUACACUAAAAUUUCAGUUCUAAAACACACUUUUUCAAAACUCGAAACUUCACCCACAAUUAUCUGGAUUUGACACAAUUUUCAUUUAAAAGCCUGGGUUUUCACAUGGAAUACACUGUCAUUCAAAAUGUUUAAAUCAAUUGCCAUACAAUGUGUAUACCUGUUAACCUGUGUGAGGGGUUUUCCCGAAAUUGUGUGUAAACAAUCGAGAAAAACUGCAAGUUCAUUUGGUAACCUGUCUGUGACGACACGGGUAUGAGACUUUGUUUGGACUGCACUGGAAAACAGAUACACAAGUUAAAAAACAAACUGUAUUUCCUCUGCUGUAUGUUAAGGACUAUCUGUCCUCUGAAGAAAUACAGUACAAUAUUGGCCUGGCAAUAUUGGCCUGUUGGUUUGAAUUUUAUUUGUCUGUAAAUUGCGUUAGUCGUAUAAAAGGACUUCAGGUCUAGUGUGUAUAAAGAGUCACUUUGACUACUGGUGCGGGUGGAAAAUGAUGAACAUAAUUUGUUUUGAAAUCUUAUAGAUGGUCCAACAAUGAAGUUUACAAUCAUUUACUUGUGUACCCCCUCUCUUUUCCUGCAAUUGUUCUUUAAGGCUCAGUAAUUUGGCAACCAUACUGUGUUUAUGUUGUAUGUGUAACGUUACUGUCUUUAAAGCGCAAUUGUUCCUACAUGAGUAUAUUGAUUAAGAUGCCAUCGCAAUUCUACAAUCAUCAUCUGAGGUGACAAUG